UGACAGUUGACGUUACUCUGACACGACUUUCUCACUCGAACCACAUUGUCGGUCGAAGUGGAAGAAACGACCCAAAAUACACCUUUACGCUCAGAAAUCCUCUUUUAUUUUCUCACUCACUCGACUCAGCUGAAGCCAUGCGUGAAUGCAUCUCAGUCCAUGUUGGCCAGGCUGGUGUCCAAAUGGGCAACACCUGCUGGGAGCUCUACUGUUUGGAGCACAAAAUCCAGCCUGAUGGGCAGAUGCCAAGAACACAGGACUCAGAGGUUCACGAUGAUUCCUUCACCACCUUCUUCAGUGAAACCGGGGCGAGGAAGUAUGUCCCGAGGGCGAUCUUUGUCGAUCUGGAGCCCACGGUGAUCGAUGAGGUCCGGACUGGGUCUUACCGCCAGCUCUUCCACCCGGAGCAGUUGAUCUCAGGAAAGGAAGACGCAGCCAACAAUUACGCCCGUGGACACUACACAAUCGGCAAAGAAAUCAUUGACUCUGUCCUCGAUAGGAUUCGCAAACUGGCGGACCAGUGCACUGGUCUCCAGGGAUUCCUGGUCUUCCAUUCCUUCGGUGGAGGCACUGGCUCAGGCUUCACCUCUCUGCUAAUGGAGCGUCUCUCCGUUGACUUCGGCAAGAAGUCCAAGCUUGAGUUUGCGAUCUACCCAGCUCCCCAGGUUUCCACUGCUGUGGUGGAGCCCUACAACUCCAUCCUGACCACCCACACCACCCUGGAGCACUCCGACUGUGCCUUCAUGGUGGACAACGAAGCCAUCUAUGACAUCUGCCGCAGGAACCUGGACAUCGAACGCCCUUCUUACACCAACCUCAACCGCCUUAUCAGCCAGAUUGUGUCCUCCAUCACAGCGUCCCUUCGCUUCGAUGGCGCCCUGAAUGUGGAUCUCACUGAGUUCCAGACCAAUCUGGUGCCUUACCCUCGUAUCCACUUCCCACUAGCUACCUACGCCCCAGUCAUCUCUGCAGAGAAAGCCUACCACGAGCAGCUGUCAGUUGCAGAAAUCACCAACGCCUGCUUCGAGCCAGCCAACCAGAUGGUGAAGUGCGACCCCCGUCACGGUAAAUACAUGGCGUGCUGCCUGCUGUAUCGCGGUGACGUGGUGCCCAAAGAUGUCAACGUGGCCAUUGCUGCCAUCAAAACCAAACGCACCAUCCAGUUUGUGGACUGGUGCCCCACCGGCUUCAAGGUGGGCAUCAACUACCAGCCCCCCACUGUGGUCCCAGGAGGAGACCUGGCCAAGGUGCAGAGGGCGGUGUGCAUGCUGAGCAACACCACUGCCAUCGCCGAGGCCUGGGCUCGCCUGGACCACAAGUUUGACCUCAUGUACGCCAAGAGGGCCUUUGUCCACUGGUAUGUGGGGGAGGGGAUGGAGGAGGGAGAGUUCUCCGAGGCCAGAGAAGACAUGGCAGCGCUGGAGAAGGAUUACGAAGAAGUUGGCAUUGAUUCCUUUGAGGAAGAUGAGGAAGGAGAGGAGUACUAAAGAGGCUGUGCGCCGUUUACCAUUAUCUUUCUCUUUUUAUUUGUGUUUGCAUUUGUACAAUCUGAUCUAAUGGUUUGUCCGAUGGAUGCACUGAUAUUUGCGCAAUAAAUCUUACUUCAGUUUA